AUGCUUCUCCAGAGCUCUCUCAAUGAGCAGGAGGGAGCACAGGGGGAGGGGCUAGAGAGGGAGGAGACUGCACAGGGGGUAGCAGUGGUGGAUGUGGAUGGGAGGGGGGGUGUUGGUGAGAUGGGUACACGGAGAAACAAGUGCACACUCCAAGACCACUUUGUCAAAGUCACAGCAGGUACAGCCACCUCAGCAAAGAGGGAGACAGAGGCUACGUCGCUGGGGGAGGAGGGAUGGAACGACAAAGCAGAGCCGUGA